GUAGGGUCCUCUUGAGUGCUCAUUGGUCGGAGGGCGGGGCCUCUGCGCUGCCGGAGGCGGGGCCUGUCUGGAGAGCCGCCAAAUUGGGCAUCGUUUUUGGAGAACCGAGAACAGCUUGGAGAACGAAAUGUGGCUGGAUAACUUGGGACUGAUGAUGUGGCGACUAUCAGUUCUGCUGUUGCUCUUGCUGCUCAGGCACGGGGCCCAGGGAAAGCCAUCCCCUGACGCAGGCCCUCAUGGCCAGGGGAGGGUGCACCAGACGGCCCCACUGAGCGAGGCCCCUCAUGAUGACGCCCACGGGAACUUCCAAUACGACCAUGAGGCUUUCCUGGGACGAGAGGUAGCCAAGGAAUUCGACCAGCUCAGCCCGGAGGAAAGCCGAGCCCGUCUGGGGCGCAUCGUGGACCGCAUGGACCGCGCUGGGGAUGGGGACGGCUGGGUGUCACUAGCUGAGCUCCGUGCGUGGAUCGCUCACACGCAGCAGCGACACAUACGGGACUCGGUGAGCGCAGCCUGGGACACGUAUGACACGGACCGCGACGGGAGUGUGGGUUGGGAGGAGCUGCGCAACGCCACCUAUGGCUAUUACACGCCCGGUGAAGAAUUUCAUGACUUGGAGGAUGCAGAGACCUAUAGGAAGAUGCUGGCUCGGGACGAGCGGCGUUUCCGGGUGGCUGACCAGGAUGGGGACUCGAUGGCCAGUCGGGAGGAGCUGACGGCCUUCUUGCACCCAGAGGAGUUCCCACACAUGCGGGAUAUCGUGGUUGCCGAAACCAUGGAGGACUUGGACAAGAACAAAGAUGGCUACAUCCAAGUGGAUGAAUACAUCGCGGACCUGUACUCAGAGGAACCUGGGGAGGAGGAGCCAGCCUGGGUCCAGACAGAGCGGGAGCAGUUCCGGGACUUUCGGGACCUGAACAAGGACGGGCGGCUGGAUGGGAAUGAGGUCGGCCACUGGGUGCUGCCCCCAGCCCAGGACCAGCCACUGGUGGAGGCUAACCACUUGCUGCACGAGAGUGACCUGGACAAGGAUGGGCGUCUGAGCAAAGAUGAGAUCCUGGGCAACUGGAACAUGUUCGUGGGCAGCCAGGCCACCAACUACGGUGAGGACCUGACACGUCACCAUGAUGAGCUCUGAGCCCAGCACACUCACCACAGCUUCGUGGCCCCUUGGGAUCAUCCCAGGAGAAGCCCCCGUGGCAAGGUCCUCCCUCCAUGUCUGGACCUGCAGGAUGUGGACACAGCCCCUCGGUGUCCUCCUGCCCCUGGGCUCUCACGAACCUCUGGAUGCACCGGGUCACAUUCUCUCCCUGAGACACCACAGCCUUUCUCAGCCCUCCCCACCCUGCCCCAGGGGCUCUCAUAGACCUGAAGGAUGAGGGACCACCCAUUUAUCACUGGCAGAAUCUCCCAGCCUGCCCCUUUCCCCCAAACUCAGCCUCCAAGAGCCACCACUAAUCACCUGGAACUCUAAAUCUGAGCUUCACAGGCAGGAAACAGCCUCAGCCUGGCACUCACCCGCCACUGGCAUUGUUCCCAGGAUGCCUCCCCUCUGCCAGGGAGGCAAUAAAAUCCGGUGCUGGGGCCUCAU